GUGAUGUCAUCACGUCAACUGGCCAUAGCAACUGAAGAAGCUGGGAGUGGGAAGGUGAACGAUAUGUGAAGGCGUCUUGGGAAAACGUACCGUUGGAUUCCUUGUAAAAUAAUCAUUAUUCAUCAUGAACGUGGGCUUUGCACUCGUUCUCCUCUGGUCUCUCUCAAUAACCAAUGGUAAGUACAGUAACUAGCUAGCUUAGCUGUAGAGUUAGAUCCCUGUAAUGGAUAGCUAACGUUACCUUAUGACGGAGUUGAGUUUAGCUAGCUUUGUUACUAAGCUAACGUGAGCUAGGCUAUAUCGUCUUGAUUUGUAAGAUCUGAGAGCUAUUUAAAUAUUCGAUUGUAAUGGUGGGUACGUCAGUGGUUGAACCCCGCGUGUUAGCUACAUGAAUAUAGAUGUUGACCCCGAUGAUAAUGUGGAUACAAUUGUUACGUCUUCGCAUCCACUGGGUGUGUUCGUAAAUUGCAGAACAUUGUCAGAUUGUCUGUUCAUAAAUUCAGACCGUUCUGCUCGGACGCUCUGGCCUAGGAGUAGGGUUGAUCCGAGUAUUCUGACCUUACAACGGCAGGAGAGCACCCAAGCUAACUGGCUAAAGUUAGCUAGCUUGCUAGCUACUUCCAGACAUAAAUAAGAGAACACCUCCCUCUGACAAUUUCUCGCCCUGGCAGAGCUGGUUGGCUCGUUUCAUGUUAUCUAGAGCGUUGGUGACUGUGCUGCUGGCAACAAUUUAAUAACGUUUUUUUGCAGACGAUUACGGACACCGGUCAUAUUAAUAAAUUAAUCAGUUAUUGUGAACUCUGGCACACUCAGACGAGAGCGCUCUGAAAUUGGAAUAGACAGCCAGAGUGAAUUUACUUACACACAGAUAGGUAGCUGUUGACUCUCCUUUCCGUUACAUUACACACAAGUCAUUGGACGAGGUAGUCUUCUGUAGGGGAACAUUUUGUUAACCGCGACGCUCGGUCUGAACGUUAUAUAUACACGCAUCGCGUGGGGUACGGUUUUGCAGGCAUAAGGACCUUAUAUUUCAUAUCGGGUAGAAAUAACUAAAACCAAACUAAAUGUUAAAUUGAUACUCUCCUUUAUAUGGUUAAAGUUCCCACACGGCUAUAUUUCCAUGUUACAGCGCUACCUGUCCUAAUUAGUUAGCUGUCUGCGUCUCGGAACACCUGUGAGGAAACACACGUCGCAAAUGUGUAUUCACUGAAAAAUACUGUCGGCUGCAACUGUGUACCUUUAAAACAGUGUACAGUAAGUGUAUAUUUUGCGUUUGUGAAAUGAUUUUGAUAUGAAAGUAAAGGGAAUUGUUUCUAGAACCGUAGCGCAAUUUUCAAUCGAUUCACGUUUAGAUGGAGUAUUUGGCUGUUUUGUUUUCGAGCAAAUUUGCGCUUUAAACAAAACAUGUAAGGUCCUUGGACUAAGGAGUAACCAAAUAUUUGUUUAACUAACCCAAGAUGGACCACAGCCUGUCGUUUCCAAUGGGAGUAAAUUAGUCUGAGUUGGCAGAGCCAAGCACACGCGAGUUAGAUCCUAUUGGCACGUUCUAGCAUGUAUUUGCAAACUGGGUUUGGCAGAUGCCAGGAGAACGCUCCCUGCCCGAAUGCAUAGUGCCAACUGUAAAGUUUGGUGGAGGAGGAAUAAUGAGCUGGGGUUGUUUUUCAUGGUUUGGGCUUGGCCCCUUAGUUCCAGUGAAGGGAAAUGUUAUUGAUACAACAAACAAUGACAUUCUAGAUGAUUCUGUGUGUCCAACUUUGUGGCAACAGUUUGGGGAAGGCCCAUUCCUGUUUCAGUAUGAUAAUGCCCCCGUGCACAAAUAGAGUUCCAUAAAUAAAUGGUUUGUCGAGGUCGGUGUGGAAGAACUUGACUGGCCUGCACAGAGCCCUGACCUCAACCCCAUCUAACACCUUUGGGAUGAAUUGGAAUGCCGACUGCGAGCCAGGCCUAAUCACCCAACAUCAGUGCCCGACCUCCCUAAUGCUCUUCUGGCUGAAUGGAAGCAAGUUCCUGCAGCAAUGUUCCAACAUCUAGUGGAAAGCCUUCCCAGAAGAGUGGAGGCUGUUAUAGCAGCAAAGAGGGGACCAACGCCAUAUUAAUGCCCAUGAUUUUGGAAUGAGAUGUUCGACGAGCAUGUAGUGUAUCUUCUAAUUGUUCUCUUUCAUGAGGGAGGAUAUUGAAAGUUCACAGAUGUAACAAGUGAAGUUAGACCUAUCAAUGAAUGUUAGUGUUUUUACUGAUAUCAAUUUUGUUUAUGAAUUAUUAAGUGAUUAAAAUUGUUAAGGGAAUUUCUGAAAAAAUCGUUAACGGAAUUUCUGCAAUUGAAUUGGCUACAACAGGAAAUUAUAGUAGUCACAAACCAUAGUUCGGUACACAAGUUUAGACAGUAGAGUAAAGAAAAGUAGAGUACAGCACAGUGUACAUUAAAGAAAAGUGUAAUUCGGUACAUUACUGUACAGUACACAGUAGUUCACACAAGUUGAGUAUACUAUGCUGUACUUUGAUGGCCAAACUUGUGAAACAUAGAUGUCUAUGAUUGGUCUCGUUUGGAUGCAUUAAAAUAAUAGCCAGUGUGUAGAAUAAUACCCAAAUAUGUAAAGGAGGAUAUUGCAUAUUUAUAUAUUUUGUGUACUUACUGGGCUCUACGAAUGCGCUGACCUUUUUUGAUAAGGAGCACAUUUGUGCCGAAGUAAAAAAUAAAAUAAAAAUAGGAGCACACAAACAAAAUUAGGAGCACAAUGCAAAAAUAUUUGUGCUAAUAAUUCUAGAAUACUUAUAAUAAUUAGUCAUUUAGCAGACGCUCUUAUCCAGAGCGACCUACAGGAGCAAUUAGGGUUAAGUGCCUUGCUCAAGGGCACAUCAACAUAUUUUUUCACCUAGUCGACUCAGGGAUUAGAACCAGCGACCUUUCGGUUACUGGCACAAUGCUCUUAACCACUAAGCUACCUGCCGCCCAAACAAAACAUAAUACUUCAUUGUGCUCCUAAUAAAAAAAAUAUUUAGUCUCAUAUGCGAGUAAAAUGGUCGCAAGGUAGAGCCCAGCAUAGGAUGUAUCACCAUGAAGACAAUGACAUUCAUAGCCAUAGUUAUGCAUUUCUGUGUAGUACAGAUCAGGGACCCAUGAUUUUAAAUUCUGUUACCGCAGUUCCGUUACCGGGUGUAAAUCCACUAUUCUUUCUGCAGACAUCGUUGAAUUUGAAUUCGGAGCAGAUAUUUCAUACUUUUUGGAAAACUUGGAGACCAUUAAAAACUAAGGGAGAUUUGCAUCUGCACAGUUCUUCCAGUAAAUGUGUUUUUAUAAUAUUUUCAGUGUACAUUGUUAAAAGUAGGCCUUGUGCGUAGAGUUGUAUAGCUUGUUAAACUUAAGUCAAUGGUUUUUGUUUGUCAUACAUUUUUUAAAGUGAGUCUCAGCGCAAUGCUGUCACCGUGCAAUUGCACUGUAGCCUAAUGCCUUCUAGUAACAUUUAACAGACUUGGAAGAGGUUUGGCCAGUGAAGAGGAACUGAAGUCAGCAGACCCCAGCCUAGCCUGAGGCCCCUGAAUCCAUGGUUCCAAAGCAGUUUCAGUGCUUCAGUGAAAGUUAUGCUGUUCUCCACACUGUAAAAUUCCUUAUGGUUGAGUCACUUGCUGGAUCUUGAUGUGUCAUACUUCAUAUUCAAUCUACUAUCAUUUACAUCGUAAACAGCAGUUGGGCUGGUUUCGUUGUAGCCAGGCUAUUUAUAACCUGUGACGAUUCAGAUACCAUGGUUAGCUUUCUGUCACACCCUCAACUCCAACACUGUGGAAUCUGUUUCGGAGUGCAAAGGCCAAGUUAGAGGAAACGUCAUAAAUCGGUCAUAACCAGUCAUAGUCAUGCACAGAACAAUUUAGGCAACAGGAAUCUUGAUCCAGGAGGGGAUUGAAUGUCUCUACUGUAACCAAUAAGCUAGAUCUUGACACCUAGCCACUUAGCUAGCAAGUUAGCAAACCAAAUGCAUAGCUGGAGCCCUGAGCUGGAUAUAAUUAUUUGACACAUCUUAGAUUUCUUAUAGUUAUAAUUGGUGUAGCAGGCAGCCCCGCAAGGUGGGGGUGCCCCCAAAAAAUAGAGACUAAUAGUUUGGGUCGGAGGGAAAUAUCGUGUAGCUGUAAUCCAGCCCCAUGGGUGCACUGAAGCACACACACACACACACACACACACACACACACACACACACACACACACACACACACACACACACACACACAGAGCUGUUAGGGGAACUGUUCUAAAUUUACUAUUUUUUCCCACCAUCUGAUGCAACAUCCUGUUGUGGCAUUGGGUCUCAGUCAAGCAAGCUCUACAGGGUCUUUCCACAACAGCGGGAGCGGAAAAUAUUUUUGGUAUCUCCUAUUGUUCGGGACAUCUUCACAUAGAAAUUACAUUGGGAGAAAGAAUGUUUGAAAUUAAAAUUUGUAUUACACGCAAUUGCCUAGAAAAUGAUGAUGAAUGUGGCAAUGAUAGGCCCUAUUUAGACCUACACAUGCAUCCUGUAAGACCCUAUGAUCUGUGAACCGUACAUGAUACACAUCUUGGUGACAUUAUACACCAUCCUGUUCUCUAAAAUAUGGAGUCGCCUGUCAUGAUUCUGAAGUAAAAAUAUUUGCUAACAUUAAAAAUAUUAAUAGAAGCUACCCAUUUUUUUUGUUGAUUUUGUUAAUUUUAAGAUAUAUUUUUUGGAACAAUAUUAUAGUCGCGCCGGUUGGCGCAACUAUAGUAGGCAUUGUUUGAAGUUCAAUUGUUAAAUACAAAUCCCCCUACCAUCAUAUCUAAGCCAAUAUGACACCAAUGUCGAUGAACAUUUUAAAUUCAACUUGACUGCGGUACACAACACACUCGUCAUGAUCCGUCUGGCUGUUACCGAGAACCACUAUACCGGAUUUUUGACAGGGUCCUCAGACAUUUUGUUUUAGACUUCGAUCCAUUUGGACUGAACAAGUUUGUAGGUGCCACAGUUUUUUUUUUAUUCACAAUUUAUCACUCUCACAUGUCUGCCCAUUAAACUAAGGAUGUGCUACCUUUUUGUAGCAUUACUAACAAUGCUAACAUAUUUUCAGCCCUAUCUCAGUUCUACACCGGUCAAGCAACUCAGUUGCUGCGCAAUAGUAGCAGCUAGCUAAUAGAAGGCUAGCAGCUGUAUCUAUCUAGCUAACACCAGUUGGAUGAGAAGCAAAGGAAGAUGGCUAGCUAGGUACACUUCAGACCCCUUGCCCUUUUCGACAUUUUGUUACGUUACAGCCUUAUUCUAAAAUGUAUUAAAUAGUUUUUUUCACUUAUCAAUCUACACACAAUACCCCAUAAUGACAAAGCUAAAACUGGUUUUUAGAAAUUUUUGCAAAUUUAUAACAAAAACCCCGGAAAUAUUAAAUUUACAUAAGUAUUCAGAUCCGUUACUCAGUGCUUUGUUGAAGCACCUUUGGCAGUGACUACAGCCUUGAGUCGUCUUGGGUAUGAUGCUACAAGCUUGGCACACCUGUAUUUGGGGAGUUUAUCCCAUUCUUCUCUGCAGAUCCUCUCAAGCUCUGUCAGGUUGGAUGGGGAUCGUCGCUGCACAGCUAUUUUCAGGUUUCUCCAGAGAUGUUUGAUCGGGUUCAAGUCCAGGCUCUGGCUGGGCCACUCAAGGACAUUCAGAGACCUGUCCCGAAGCCACUUCUGCGUUGUCUUUGCUGUGUGCUUAGGGUCGUUGUCCUGUUGGAAGGUGACGCUUCGCCCCAGUCUGAGGUCCUGAGCGCUCUGGAGCAGGUUUUCAUCAAGGAUCUCUCUGUACUUUGCUCCGUUCAUCUUUCCCUCGAUCCUGACUAGUCUCCCAUUCACUGCUGCUGAAAAAUAUCCCCACAGCAUGAUGCUGCCACACCAUGCUUAACCAUCGGGAUGGUGCCAGGUUUCUUCCAGACGUGACGCUUGGCAUUCAGGCCAAGGACUUCAAUCUUGGUUUCAUCAGUCCAGAGAAUCUUGUUUCUUAUGAUCUGAGAGUCCUUUAGGUGCCUUUUGGCAAACUCCAAGCGGGCUGUGCCUUUUUUACUGAGUGGCUUCUGACUGGCAAGUCUACCGUAAAGGCCUGAUUUUAGUGGAGUGCUGCAGAGAUGGUUGUCCUUCUGGAAGGUUCUCCCAUCUCCACAGAGGAACUCUAGAGCUCUGUCAGUGACCAUUGGGGUUCUUGGUCACCUCCCUGACCAAGGCCCUUCUAACCUGAUUGCUCAGUUUGGCCGGGUGGUUCCAAACUUUUUCCAUUUAAGAAUGAUCGAGGCCACUGUGUUCUUGGGGACCUUCAAUGCUGCAGAAUUUUUUUUGGUACCCUUCCCCAGAUCUUUGCCUCGACACAAUCCAGUCUCGGAGCUCUACGGACAAUUCCUUCGACCUCAUGGCUUGGUUGUUGCUCUGACAUGCACUGUCAACUGUGGCACCAUAUCUAGACAGGUGUGUGCCUUUCAAAAUCAUGUCCAAUCAAUUGAAUUUACCACAGGUGGACUCCAAUCAAGUUGUAGAAACAUCUCAAGGAUGAUCAAUGGAAACAGGAUGCACCUGAGCUCAAUUUCGAGUCUCAUAGCUUAGGGUCUGAAUACUUAUGUUUUAGAAUAAGGCUAUAACUAAAUAACAUGUGGAAAAAGUCAAGGGUUCUGAAUACUUUCCGACUGCACUGUAUAUAUUGCUAUAGAAGGUUUUUCAAGUUGCUGAAGAUGGUCAUCUGUGUAAACUGCUAUCCUGGACACUUGCGUGUAAUCAGAGAACAAACUAAUAAGCUAUCGAACGUCAUCUGCUGCUAUAAUAGCCAGUUAGAUACACCGAACUUUGGGAAAACUGCCACGCUGGUCAUUUAUAAUACGUGCACACGCCAGACAGAUGCAUCACUGUUAGAGGAUCCAGAGCGAAGUCUAGCCCUUACCUUUAUGUAUUAAUUCAGUCUGCUCCCUCCUCUGUCAAUGACGUUUUGUUCUUGUCAUUAUAAUCCAAAUGUGCGCUGACUGAUCAACACCGCGUCAAGUUACUUUUCAAUGUGUUUCCGAAAACCUGAAGUCGCCAUCCACAAGUGGAGAAAAAAAGAAAAUAGCAGGGGUGCGGGUUGCACACGAAGCAUCCAGGUCAAACAAUAACAUAAUGAUCAUUCUUUGCUUGCGCGACAUGUGCACAGUCAAAACUCCAUGCUUGCUAACUUACUUAGCUAUGUGAUAAAAUGAAAGUGUUUUGAACCCAUCAACAGUUUUUUUUAAGACCAAAAAAAGUACCAGGCAAGAUGACUAAACGUUCAAUCAGUACUGAGUGAAUGAACAACCGUGCUGUCAUCACCAGACGACACUAUUUUAAAAAUGGGCAAAGUUUAUGCAUCUGCAACAGGGUUUAUAGCGUAACGGUUAGUGUCACCGCCCUGGGAUAUGAAGGUGUUGGGUUCGCCGACCGGCGGGGAUAUUUAGACCGUUCCCUUUCGUGUGUUCUCAUUUGUCAGGAGACACACAACUUUAAGCUACAUAGUCAUUUGACAGAGGUAACGAACUAUCCAUUGUUCAGCACAGUAAUUGAUAAAACAGGACCAUGUUUGGAAACGAGUGGUUCUGAGCUUAUGUCAAUAUUACACAGGUAAGCUCACGGUUACAGAAACCAGGAGUACAGACCGGCUCUAUAGACCCCUCUAUCAAUAUGAGUGACUGUGUUGAACAUACCACCCCCUGUUGUUAUGUUGGGUACCUACUGACCAAAGAAGAUGUUAUGAAAUCUAUUUAUUUUUCAAUUCAUGUAUUGUUAAAAUAAAAGUUUAAAGAAAUGCAGGCAGGCACCACAUUACUACAAGACAAAACGGCUCACUAAAUCAAGCCUGAGGGUGUUUGUAACUAUAAAAGCAAAGCUUGCUUUCAUAAAAUAAAAAAAGCUUGAAAAGGUAGUGGAAUGGGGUAAUGUCUUGGAGUGGGACAAAUGCAAUACAUUACCUUGUAUGCGGUACAAAUCACAUUGUGGGAUCACCUCUUCUAAGAGUGUGAAUUAGGCUGUUUUUGAGAAGGUUUGAAUCCUAAGCAACCUACAUACACAUUGUCGGAAGUACAAUAGACCAACAUAGCUACUGUAGUAGGUCACAGCUGUGUGCUGGAAAACCUUGGUAGAGCAUGGGUGAAGUACGCAUUGAAAAUGUGUAUUUCAGAGUCUAGACAUACUCCAUAUAUGAGAGAACACUGGCUUUAGAAUGACACCAAUAUGUCUGUUAUCAUGUAUGGUUUACAGAUCAUUAGGGUCUUACAAGAGGUCUAAAAUGGCCACUUUCAUCAUGAUUUUCAAAAUAAUGGUUUGAUACAAAUGUAAAAAGCCUGUUAAACAUCCUUCCUCCCAAUGAAGUUCCUAUGUGAGAAUUGCAAGAACAUUCUGAGGUACCAAAAAAGCAUUUCUUGCUGGCGUGGAAUCUCCCAAUAGAAGCGCUGGCUAGCUAGUGAGGUCAAUGUCAUUGUUGCUAGCCUAUGGUUUUUCUCACCACAGGGGUGUGUUUUAGCUUCUUUUGUUCUUCAGAGAUCUAAAUAUCGGAUUGAUUCCUCUUUCUUUGGAAUAUUUCAUAUUGUCCACAGGACAUGUGAAUUGGUGGUUGGCUGUGAGGUAGUGAUGAAAUGCAUAGCCUAAAGCAGUGGUUCUCAACUGGUUUUGCUUCGUGACCCAAAUUGAACCAGGUUGUCUCUGCCGCGACCCAAUAUUCGCAUCGCGAAAAAUAAUCGGCAAAAUAAAAAAAAUCUGGGAAACUAUUUUUAAUGCUAUGUUGAUAGUAAAUGUAGCAAUUUAUAUGACAAGGGAACAACAUUCCCACCUCUUUCAUUGUCAAUAAUAUACUUUUACCCUUAUUCUUGAUGAAGAAUGUUAAUAAACUCACUGGUUUGAGACCAAACAAAUCAACCCAAAUAGUGCCGCUAAUAGCGCUAUAUUGAUAUAAAUUCUUCAGAGAUUAAAUGAUUUCCAAAUGUAAAUUCAUUAUCAUUUCUACACACGUUCUACCUGGUUUAAGUCGUUUAUGUUCAGACUGGAGUAUUUAUUCACUAUUAUUUUUACUCGGACACAUUGAAAACCUCGACCCACCAGUUGAGAAUCGCUGGCCUAAAGUAUGCCAAUGGUUAGGCUGUUUUAACUUCAAAGUUGCUGCCGAAUCAGUUGAUUAUAUCCAACUCCCAUCAUAUAACGUGUAAUCAAUACGCCACCAAACAGUGAAUAACUCUUUAAUGACCCUGUCUGCCUGUCUUACUCGCUGUGUUUCAGUGGUUGCAGAGCUGUCUCUACCUCAGAACCUGACUCUGCUCACCCUGAACACACAGUACAUACUGACAUGGGACUGGGACCAGACGACCACAGGCAACGCUGUUACCUUCACUGCAGAGUACAUAGCGUAAGUCACCAGAUGCACUCACAAAACCCCCUCCACCUCUCCUACAUGUCACAUACUAUACCGUAUUUCACCCCCACCCUCCACCCCUCCUACAUGUCACAUACUAUACCGGAUUUCACAUCCUACACCCAAACAGUGACUUGUCUGUUUAUUUUACCACUCUGAGAGUCAUAAUCUGGUAUUAGGCCAAGACUGCCUCUCAUCACUGACCCUCUCGCUCUCUCCCCAACAGAAAGUACAAGAUGAAGAAGAAGAAGAAGAACUGGAGCCGUGUGUGUGACGGGACCACACACACCCGCUGUGACCUCACAGGUUCUGAUCUGCACUACCUGGGCAUGUACAUGCUCAGAGUCCGAGCCAGCGCAGGCGGUCUCCACUCACACUGGGUCUACAAAGACUUCUGCCCUGAUAUAGACGGUGAGAGAGGAAUGGGAGAAGGCAGACAGACUUGGGCACAGAUGAAAAAUAAACUAAAUGAGAGAAGAUAUCAGGAAAAUAGACACAGUUUCAAACAGUCACAUAUUUAGACACCAACCCACACACAGCCAGACACCAACCCACACACAGCCAGACACCAACCCACACACAGCCAGACACCAACCCACACACAGCCAGACACCAACCCACACACAGCCAGACACCAACCCACACACAGCCAGACACCAACCCACACACACACACGUGUGUUGAUUGAGCUUUCAGAAGUUGUGAAGGCACUCAAAUCUAUUGAAAUUAAGAAAGCGUCUGGCCCGGAUGAAUUGAACCCUUAUUUUCUAAAAAUUGGUGCAGAGAUCAUUGCUGCCCCUCUCACUCAUAUAUUAAAUCUUUAAUUGGUGAGUAAUACCAUUCCAAAAGUCUGGAAAGCAGCCUACGUCACGCCUUUACAUAAGAGUGGAGAUCCGUCCCAGUUGGAUAACUAUCGUCCAUAUCUAAACUGUCUGCACUGGCAAAAGUUUUGGAAAACCUGGUAAACUCACAGUUGAAAGACUUUAUAAUAACUCAGUUUUAUCUCAAUUCCAGUCAGGUUUUAGAACCAAUCAUAGUACAAUUACUGCAGUAAGGUUGUAGGUGAGAUUCUAGAUGCUCAGGACAAGACAAAUCACUGUUUCACUUUCUAUUGCCUUCGACACUGUUGACCAUGCCCUGCUGUUGUAUAGUCUAAAAAACCUUGGUUUAAGUGUUGAUGCAUUGGAUUGGUUCCAAAACUACUGUUCUGACAGAACAGUGUGUAGCACAGGAGGGUAUGAAAUCUGAGUUUCGAAGUCUUACAAAAGGAGUUCCCCAGGGCUCAAUUUUAGGUCUGAUCCUUUUUACACUGUAUAUAAAUGAUAUAGGGAAGACGGUUGACUCUGCAAAUCUCCAUCUGUAUGCUGAUGACACAAUUAUUUAUUCUAGUGCAUCUAAUAUUGAGAAGGCUUUUCAGGACUUAUAGUUUGCUUUUGAUGUUAUUCAGAGGCAGCUUUUCAAAUUGAAACUUGUGCUUAAUGCAAGGAAAACAAUGUAUGGUUUUCUCUUCUCUGAAAGUAAGAUUUGCAGAUUUGAACUAUAAAAGACCAGCAAAUCGACAGGGUCAGGCUCACCUCCUUGGGAUUUGGUUAGAUGAAAAGAUUUAAACAGCACAUUGAAAACCUGAACAAGAAACUGAAGUUGAAAUGUGGUUUAUAUUUUAGGAACAAAUCUUGCUUUUCAAUGUCAGUCAGAAAGGAUCUUGUUCAAAGCACUUUGGUAUUGGUGCUGGGUUAUGGUUAUAUUGUCUAUAUGCAGGCCUCAGCAAGUACCUUAACUCUGGACACGGUGUAUCAUGGGGCUUUAAGGUUUAUUACAAAUGCUACAUCACUUGCUAUGGUGCAAUGGACCAGGAGGCUAAAGCACUGGGACACUUUUGUGUACAAAGCAUUGAUAGACUUCCUUUUGUAUCUCGGUUCCUUACUGACCAGAUCAGUCACUCAAUACAGUCUUUGUUCACAGUCGCUGCUGUCCUUGUCUGUUCCUAAGGCUAGAACAGAUGGGGAAGCAAUAUCUUUCCCAUAAUGCCCCAUCAUCCUGGAAUAUGCUUCAAAAGAUAUUAAAGUUAGAGGAGUUGCCUGUAUUUAAGACUCUGAGCGACGACACUGUUUGUGACAGCUGCAGUUGUUUCUAAUCUUCAAAUGUAUCUGGAACUUGUGACACUUUGUCUUUUGUGUGUAUUUAGUAUUUUUCUGUAGUAUUUUCUGUACACGCUGCUAUUCGAAUACUCAUACUAACCGCACUAACUGUACUAUCUGUGACGUAAAUUGAGUAUGUGGUAUGCUUAUUGGUCAUAGUAUGGAUAUAGUUAGUGUGCCAAAAGGGCCCGGGUGUCGUACUAAAUUAGUCAAAAUACGAAGUAUACAAGCAGUGGACGCUAUUUCCGUGCUUUUAGGGCCCAUAAUGCAAUUCUUCAGAAAAUGGGCGUGGCUUCACAACGUUUUCAGAUUUGAAGUAAAUGGCGGAAAAUAUGCAGAUGAAGUCCGACGAGAGCGGUACAAAUUCAUUGCUUUAACUAAUUAUGACAAAUGUUAAGAAAAUGUUGAGCAAUGUAAUAAAGUAAUGACUUUUCAAAUAAGUUACAGUGAGGGGAAAAAAGUAUUUGAUCCCCUGCUGAUUUUGUACGUUUGCCCACUGACAAAGAAAUGAUCAGUCUAUAAUUUUAAUGGUAUGUUUAUUUGAACAGUGAGAGACAGAAUAACAACAAAUAAAUCCAGAAAAACGCAUGUAAAAAAUCUUAGCAAUUGAUUUGCAUUUUAAUGAGGGAAAUAAGUAUUUGACACCCUCUCAAUCAGAAAGAUUUCUGGCUCCCAGGUGUCUUUUAUACAGGUAACGAGCUGAGAUUAGGAGCACACUCUUAAAGGGAGUGCUCCUAAUCUCAGCUUGUUACCUUUAUAAAAGACACCUGUCCAAAGAAGCAAUCAAUCAAUCAGAUUCCAAACUCUCCACCAUGGCCAAGACCAAAGAGCUCUCCAAGGAUGUCAGGGACACGAUUGUAGACCUACACAAGGCUGGAAUGGGCUACAAGACCAUCGCCAAGCAGCUUGGUGAGAAGGUGACAACAGUUGGUGUGAUUAUUCGCAAAUGGAAGAAACACAAAAGACCUGUCAAUCUCCCUCGGCCUGGGGCUCCAUGCAAGCUCUCACCUCGUGGAGUUGAAAUGAUCAUGAGAACGGUGAGGAGUCAGCCCAGAACUACACGGGAGGAUCUUGUCAAUGAUUUCAAGGCAGCUGGGACCAUAGUCACCAACACACUACGCCGUGAAGGACUGAAAUCCUGCAGCUUUUGUGUUUUUUGUAUUUUUCUGUAAUAUUUUAUGUACACGCUGCUAUUUCCCUGUUUUGCCUUCUUGCCAGGUCGCCCUCGCAAAAUAGGUUUUUAACCUAAAUUGGUCUUAAAUAAAGGUUAAAUAACAUUUAAAUAAAACACGCACAGCCACACACACACACCGGCACGCACAGCCACACGCCAACACACAGCCACACACCAACACACACAACUAGCACAGAUAGACAAACUGUCAUUCACCAAUAAUCAUUCCCUGUACUCUGGAGUUGGCUGUAUUGCAACUAGUGAUGAUUAGUGAGUUUAUUUUGGUCUUAUCUGUUGUUCCCCGUCUAGCUUCAUUGGGCCCACCAUCCAGGGUGGAGCUGGCUCCUGUGGGGAACCUGCUGGACGUGACAAUCUCUGACCCCCUGACCAGCACCCAGGGCUCCAUGAAGGAUCAUAUCCCCUCCCUGUAUUACCACAUCCUGUACUGGAGCCGCUCUGAUGACCCUCAGGUACUGGCUCAGCCUUCUGCCUUUUUCUAUGGCCCCUAAAGACACCUGGGCCUCCCCUCAGUAACCCUGUGACUGCUAUAACCUGGGCCUCCCCUCAGUAACCCUGUGACUGCUAUAACCUGGGCCUCCCCUCAGUAACCCUGUGACUGCUAUAACCUGGGCCUCCCCUCAGUAACCCUGUGACUGCUAUAACCUGGGCCUCCCCUCAGUAACCCUGUGACUGCUAUAACCUGGGCCUCCCCUCAGUAACCCUGUGACUGCUAUAACCUGGGCCUCCCCUCAGCAACCCUGUGACUGCUAUAACCUGGGCCUCCCCUCAGUAACCCUGUGACUGCUAUAACCUGGGCCUCCCCUCAGUAACCCUGUGACUGCUAUAACCUGGGCCUCCCCUCAGUAACCCAGUGACUGCUAUAACCUGGGCCUCCCCUCAGUAACCCUGUGACUGCUGUAACUAAAGACACCUGGGCCUCCCCUCAGUAACCCUGUGACUGCUAUAACCUGGGCCUCCCCUCAGUAACCCUGUGACUGCUAUAACCUGGGCCUCCCCUCAGUAACCCUGUGGCUGAUAUAACCUGGGCCUCCCCUCAGUAACCCUGUGACUGCUAUAACCUGGGCCUCCCCUCAGUAACCCUGUGACUGCUAUAACCUGGGCCUCCCCUCAGUAACCCUGUGACUGCUAUAACCUGGGCCUCCCCUCAGUAACCCUGUGGCUGCUAUAACCUGGGCCUCCCCUCAGUAACCCUGUGACUGCUAUAACCUGGGCCUCCCCUCAGUAACCCUGUGACUGCUAUAACCUGGGCCUCCCCUCAGUAACCCUGUGACUGCUAUAACCUGGGCCUCCCCUCAGUAACCCUGUGACUGCUAUAACCUGGGCCUCCCCUCAGUAACCCUGUGACUGCUAUAACCUGGGCCUCCCCUCAGUAACCCUGUGACUGCUAUAACCUGGGCCUCCCCUCAGUAACCCUGUGACUGCUAUAACCUGGGCCUCCCCUCAGUAACCCAGAAGCUACAACAACAUGGUGUAACACUCUAAACCACCAACUUAAAGAUAGAACACACCUGUGUUCCUAAUGUGGUUUUCUAUACAGGAAACUGGUUGGUGGGUUGUAUUCUGAAAGGUUUUAAAGUGUUCCAAAUCAGGCCAGGGCAUUCAGAUGGAAUGCAAAUGUUCUCUGGAACUUCUCCAGGUGAAACAAUCUCAAUAGCCAUUCUGUGUCCCUGUGUUACACCAGACCAGAUAUAUAUGAUUUCUCUGUAAUCCACAGGUAUCCCCAACCGUUCCACUUUUGUGACGUAUUCAGUACUACCACAGAUGAUUCAACUUAUGAAGGGCUUGAUGAUUAGUUCACCAGUGGAAUCCAAUGUGCUAGUACUGGAAUAGGUGAAAUGAGUGGAACGGCAGGGGGUAGUCCAAGACAGGGCAGUGUAUCCCAAACCGCUCUGAUUAUAACAUGUUGUUAUUGUAUGAUCAGGGUCUGAAUCCUAAAGUGGUGGACUCUAGCAACAACCUGGUGACUCUGCCUGAGCUGGAGGCCUGGACGUGGUACUGUGUCAUGGUCCAGUCUCGCUAUGACUACUACAACAAGACUAGUGGCAACACGGCACCACAGUGCAUGCAGACGGAGGGUAGGAAUGAACACUUCACACUAAACACUUGGAGAUGUGCUUGAUGUGUGUGUAACCUACCUGUAUCAGUGUGAGUAAGUAUAAUGUGUGUGUAGAGAUGCCAGAGAGAGAGUGUGUGUUUUACAGGAGUAUUUACACAAUAAGGACACUGUAAAGUGUGACUGUGUGUCCUCGUCCUCAGGUGACACCCCGUACUGGCAGAUCUUCCUGUACUUCCUGGUCUCCAUGGUGGUGUGUUUCCUGCUCGUGUUGCUUCCCUCCUACGCUGCCUUCAGGUUCUACAGAGUCCUCAAAUACGCCUUCUACCCCUCCAUCCAGCUGCCUGCACACAUCCAGGAGGUAGGCUUCAUAGCCGCUUGCACAACAGUAAUAUCCGGUGUACCAUCCAUCCUCUCUGUUGGUGGGUGUGUGUCUAAGGGUGGUUGGGAUUAAGCAAUAGACAAUUAAAUUACCUUCUUUCUCUCUCACCACCUCUCCCCCCCACCUUCUCUUCCCCUCCCCCAGUACUUCUGUGACUCCUCUCCCGGCUCCGACAUGCCCCGCCUCCUCACUGCUGAGGCAGAGCUGUGCUGUGAUAAGCUGACCAUCUGUCCUGAGGUGGCGCUCCUGGAGAUACACGUCCCUCCUCCCCUCACAGCGCCCCCCUCAGAGCUGGAGCAGGACAGCGGCAGGCACAGCAGCCAGGGCAGCGGAGACUCUGGGAUCUACUCCACAGAGGGAGGCUCCGCCCAGCAGGGUCGUAGUGGUGGGGAGUCAAUCAGGAGAGACCAGGAAGUGGACUCCUGGCAGACACUGGAGCAGGUCAAGAUGGAGGAGAUGGGGAGAGAGUCGACUGACGAUAGAGUUCUGGACGAGGGGGUUGUGGAUGUGGGCGUCUGAGGAGAAAUGGAGAGAGACCAGAUCUGGGUAGAUAGACUGUCAAUGAUGGUUGGAGAUUUGUAAUGGGGAAAGGAGAAGGGUCUCACAGAAUGUUCUCUCAAGUCUCCCAGUCUUGCUGCCUCUCCUCAAAGAACACUGUGAAGAUGAUGAAGUCUCUCAGAGCCAAAGACACAUUGUCACCUGUCCAACCUACCUUAAAGGAAAAAUCCACUAAAGUCCCAACAUGUUUUCCAUGUCAACAGUCAAGUUUUCAAGAUAUUGGACUUUCAAGAAGCAAAGUGUCACUUGC